GUUUCGGCGGUUGAAAAUAGCUAUAUCAUUGAAUGCUAAAAGUUGCAGGUUUUGGUUGGCGAGUUUAAGCUUACUUAUGAGAAAAUAGGCCCUCUGCUGACAUCAAAUAAACAUCAAGUCAUUUUGUAAGCCGUGUUAAUCUUUUUGUUUUAUUGUAAAGUCAACAGAGGAAUAUUUUUAUUGACUUAUUGAUCGCAAAUAAUUAAUGUUUAAAAAAGAAAGCGAUAUUUAUAGAAUGUCAUUUUCCCGUUUCAUCUAAAAGUAAUUAAGUCAUUUAUUGACAAACGCGAUUUAGGAAAAGAAGUGAAAAAUAUAAAGGAGAAGAAAAGGUAUUAUAUGCAAGUUAACACAUUAACUACAUCAUUAUCAAAACUGAUUCCUAUUGAGUUGAAACGAAUUAAAUAGUAAUUAUUAAAAGAUUGUUAAAAGCAAAUAAAUCAAAUAAAAAAAACUGAUGAUGUAUUGUCAACCAGAGUUUAGUUAUCAUAUGCAACCGGAAUAUCAACAAUUUCAGCAACAUCUUCAAUAUCAAGGAAAUCAUCUCCAGGAGUAUCAGAAUGGAGGAAUAUCACCUUACAGCCCUACCACACCUUCAGAUAGACCAUCGCCUUCCUUUCGAAUUGAGGAUAUCUUACUGCAGAAUAAGGGUGGUCCAACGCAGCCAUAUGGUAAUGUGUACCCUAUAGAUCAAUCUUAUGCAGCUUUUCAAAAUGGAAAUUUAACGCAUGGUUGCAUUGGUGAACGAGAAUACGAAGGUAACAAUCCUUCAUUAAAUCAGCUUCCUAUUUACUUCCGGUUGAAAUCCACUCUUCGCACAGCAAGUGGGCGCAAAUGUCGAAAACCACGUACAGUGUUUUCCGAACUUCAACUUUUGAUUCUAGAACGAGAAUUCAGUGAACAUAAAUAUUUAUCAACUCCACAACGAACCAAGUUAGCAGACAGACUGGGAUUGAAUCAAACACAGGUAAAAACUUGGUAUCAAAAUCGUCGUAUGAAGUGGAAGAAAGAAACUAGCGAGUGCGAUGCUAGCAAAACUAAACACAUCGAAACAGAAGAUUUGCUUCUAGAUAAUAGUAAUAACCCCGAGCAAUUUUCAACCAAUCGCAUGAGCGAUAGAAUCACGUGUUCUUCGUGAUAAACAAAAGUCAAAUAGAGCAUGCUUCGUUUAAACUACACAUCAAACGCAUGAACAUCACAAGAAGCCGUGUUGUAACUUCAAAGAGACAACGCCAUUAGAGUUGCGAAAAACAAAUUUAGCGUUAGCAUAAUCUAUAUUGAGAUGGCGUAUGGUUCAAUUCGUGAUUGACACGAAUUUCAUUGGCGCUCGAAAGCCGUCCAAGAAUGUGUUCUCAUUGCUAACUUCGGACGUGUUAAAAUCGACGGCUUUUAAAAAGGACAAUGAAAUUCUAAGCAUUUCGAUUGUGCCUUGUACUGACGCUGACGUCAUCAUAAAUAAUAAAGUGACGUCAUGGCGUUUUUCUUCUUAACUUCAUUGAUGGAGGUUGCUUCGAGAUAAAAGAAAAUAUAGUUUUUUGUUGUUGUAUUAAAUGCCCAACAAAAUUGAAGUUACGUUUGUACAUAUUUGUUUAUUAAUAUUUAGUGAUAAAGUUACAUAACAUAAUAUAUAUAGAAAAAAAAGUAUGCAAGAAAAACUAAAAAUUGUUGUUCCU